GUCAUGCCGGGGGAAAUCUAACACCAAUCGUAUAAUUAGCUUAGGCUGCCUCGCAGCCACGUAUACUUAUCUGGACCUUCAUUUAGCGAUAGCUGCUCGGUUAGAAGUUGGGAAUACUGAGAGCUUCUCUAAGAAAUUAGACGGAGUCGCAGAGAAUCCGAAGGGCAACUGCAACCGGCGGCGAGGCGAACACAAGCAAUAAGUCAGACGUUAAUGACAUUUGAGAUAUUUUCAGAGAGCGGGUCUGAAGAGCUCACUGCAUGGAGUCCUGUUGUUUCAAAAGCCUUCAUAUCUGCGCAGCCGCUUCAUUUUGGCACAGAGCUCUGUCGCUCUUCCUCUCUAAUCCGCAAACGAUUAGAGAGCAUCCGAGGAACUGCCUUACGGGCAAGGUGGGACGGUGUUGCCUCGUGAGCGCACAACGUGCGCGCCCUCUCCACGCCACCGAGACCUCAAUUCAUUCCGCUGCUGCACGAGACAGACAUGCUCUACGGAACGCGCGCCAUCAGCGAAGGAAAGCUCCGAAUAUGCAGGCCGAUAAGAACCAAAUGACACCAACCACACGCCCUAACUUUUAGCUCGUCGGGAUCCGGAAUUGAUAUUUUCUUUUCUUGUCUUUUUUUUUUUUUUUUUUUUUUUUUUUUGGGGCGUUCGCUCUUCCGCGCGCCGGAGAGACUCCUUAACAAGUGCACCCCGGCAGUCCGUCCGUGUUUGCAGCUCGCGCUCAGUGGCCGGCGGACGCACGCUGUAAGAUGAGGCUUGGACGCAUCAUUUUAUUCGUCGCUUUCUGCUCUUUCACAGCUUAUUAUGUUUACGAGCCAAUUCCUGAAAGGAUAGAGGAGAGAUGGAAACUCAUGCUGACCAAUUCCUUUUUCAGAACUCUCAGUCACCUGGCAGACCUUUGUGAGUCAGCGGGGCUGAAGGACUACAUGGAUGUAAUGUAUGUCAUUACUCUAUUGGAAAAGAUCGUGCCGGUGUCUGAUGAACACGUCAAAGUGACAGAAGAAAAGUUCGACGGCGUGGAGGUGGUGCUUUACCAACCGAAGCUCCAGGGCGGAGACGCUCACCUGAGGAGAGCUGUCAUUUAUCUGCACGGGGGAGGAUGGUGUCUAGGAAGCUCCCGCAUGAGUCCAUAUGAUCUGCUGGCCAGAAAGAUCGUCACUGAACUUGAUGCUGUCGUCCUCUCUGUAGAGUACCGUCUCGCCCCGGCUCACCAUUUCCCUGUCCCAUAUGAGGACGUGCACCGUGUGGUCAAAUACUUCCUCCAGAAGGGGGUGCUAGCCCAGUACUCUGUGGACCCGGGGCGUGUUGCUGUGUCAGGGGAUAGUGCUGGAGGGAACCUUGCAGCGGCAGUCUCUCAGCAGCUGCAAAAGGAGUCUGGGCAGCAGAUCAAGUUGAGGGCUCAGGCACUCCUUUACCCCGUGCUGCAGGCGUUGGACCUCAAAACGCCUUCAUAUCAGCAGAAUAAAGACAUGCCGAUUCUGCCACGCACGCUCAUGGUGCGCUUCUGGAGCGAGUAUUUUACUAGCAACAAAGCCCUCUUCAGAGCCAUGAUGGCCAACUCGCACAACAGCCCCGAGUCGUCCAGGUUACUGAAGUUCGUCAACUGGAGCGCCUUUCUGCCAGAGGCGUAUCACAAAGAGUACAACUACAGCGCUCCCGCUAUCGCGCAGGGAACCGAAGGGGAGGUGGCCGGGAUGGACGGGCCGUCUCAGUCGUUCGCCGACCCCAGGGCGUCGCCCUUGCUUGUCCCGGACGCGGACUUGCACUCUCUACCCAAGGCGUACAUUCUGACGUGCGAGUACGACGUCCUCAGAGAUGACGGGAUCAUGUACGCCACACGUCUCCGGGCGGCUGGCGUUGAGGUGACGCACCAGCACUAUGACACGGGAUUCCACGGAGCGCUGAUGUUUACUGUGUGGCCGACUGACUUUCUCAUUGCACGUCGCAUGACAGACAACUACAUUAAAUGGCUCAAGGAUAAUUUGUAAAAAGAAAAAAAAAACUUUUGACUACAUAAGUGGGUAUUCCAGUUUUUUGUUUUUUUUCACACAAUGCACUAAUGUUUAGUUGAAUCUUUUUUUCAUGUUGUUUUUAACUAUUGGUGGUGUACUUCUUUGGUCACGCUGUUUUUCUUUAAAUAUGCUAAUUUCAUCUGUUUUCUUCUAAUGGAUUUUGCCUGAUUUUGAAACUGUAGUGAACAUACUUUUUAAUUUUAAGGUGACGAGUGAAAACUGACACAUGUAUCAUCAUAUCAUUGUGCUAGCUGCAAACGUAAUGCUUAUGUAAAAUAAAACUGUGGCUAUCAUAUUAGUUUGAUGGACAGGGUUUUUUAUUUUUUACCCUGAACAGAGCUCCUUUUCAUUGUUUCCCAUCACAUAAUAUUCCAUCAGAUCUCGUAUUUAUUGUAUCAAUAUUAGUCUUAAUAGUCAGUAAUGCAUACCUCUGGAAGUAAAACUGUCCCUGCAGAGAUUUGAAGAAUUCAUUAUAAGUCUUUGCGAGCAGGAGAGGAUUUUUCCAGAUGCUUUUUUGGCCAAAGUUAACAUUUAUCACAGUAUGUACUGCAUUCCAAAGAGUUACAAAUGAGUUCAAGUAUUUGUAUCACAUUGAUUUAUUGUAGUUUCUGAUUCCAAAGAUUGGUAAAAUUGGAUUAUGUUGAAAAGUUUUAUUGGCGGCGGAGUGAGGGGGACAAGAACAACAACAACAACAAAAAUGAAUUUGACACCCUCAAAUUUUAAUUUUCACUUCCUGCAAGUAACCAAUGUAAAAUGUUUUUAAAAUGUUCUCUUGUAAUACAAGGUCAGUGAAUGUUGAUGUUCCAUAUUCCAUCUGACUAUUAGUAAAAAAAAUUAUCUAACCAUUGUUAACAUUGUUUGAGGAAGCAUACUUGCAACAAUAGGGCAAAACGAGGGAUCGAUGUAAUGAAGGAAUGUGGUAAUGAUUGAUCAUGAAGCCUUAAUCUUUAGAGAGUGCCCCAAUUUAAAAAGCAUAACUUAUAAUAUGUAGCAUCAACAUUUACAUUUGGAGCACAUAUGACUCUACUCACCCUAUUCUAAAAACAAAACUUUGAAGUUUUUACACAAAACCCAGAUCUGUUGAAAGAAGUUGAUAGAAAAUUAAGCUGUAGCAUAGGACUCAAGUUUCAGGCAGAAGAUUUUAAGGUUUUAAUAUAUUUAUUACCAUAUAUUGUUUUUAUAUUAACAUUAUUCAGAAAAGGCGAUUUUGCUGACUAAGCCCCAGUCAUUGCAAGCACUGAAUAUAACUCACUUGCAUUUCAGGACUAUUUCAGUUAUUUAAUUUAAUAUAUGAAACGAAUUAACAAGUGACAGCUUGAGAAUCAUAUUUUUAUUAACGUUAUUAAUGACAAAACAUCAAUACUACCACUCCCUCUGCUACUAAUAAUGUAACUUUCCACAUUUGCCCUGUGUCGUGUUUUUUGCGUCAACACUUUUACGUUCUCGGAUGUAAAAAUGAGUUUUACGUUUUGUUUUUGCAGUUGGAAAAUUUGUGGGCCUCGUGCAAGUUUAAUGUAAAAUGACAAUAAAAUCACUUAAGCUUUCAACUGCUAAAAAA